AUGGCAAGGGUCCACGGCUUUGUUGCAACCCUGGUGCUGCUGUGCAGCGCCGCCGCCCUGGCCGCGCCGCUGCGCGCUGUCACCGUGUCCGCGCCCCCUCCUAGCGCCACCACUGGCCGCCGCAUGCUGGCACAAGACUUUUUUGGGCGCGGACGUCUGAACAGCUUCUUCGCCAAUCGGUGGCUGGCACGCCGCGGUUUCAACUCUGGAACAACGACAGCCACAGCUGCAGCCACAGCGACCGCCACAGCUGGGACUCAGUUCUUCGUCCCGAGCGGCAACCCCACCCUCAGCAGCCUCAUCCGCACCGACGCAUUCGCCGCUGCGCGUGCCAUCACGGGGCCUGGCAUGGACAUGGACCAGGCCGCUUGGUCCCUCAUGAGCGCGGCGCAGGCCGGCGCCACAGCGGCCGUGGGCAACGUGUUUGCCCACACCGCGGGCCUGGACCAGGGCUGCUUCACUGAAGUGUUUGCAAAGAGCGCCGCCACAGCUAUAAGUGAGGGAGCCGGCAUGCAGGCAGGCUUUGUCUCAGCCACGGCGGCGGCGUUUGCGGCUGCCAGCGCACAGGGCAGCAUGUCGCGCUUUGCCAUGGGGGUGGCAGACGCCAUGGCGCAGGCACGCAGCACAUGGGGCGGCGAGUUUGGCUCGGAGUUCGCCAACAUGGUUGGCUCUGCAAUGGCCAAGGCCGUGGCUGCCGGCAACGAUGGCGCAGUCGUGGAGGCCACCGCCACAGUGUUCUGCAGUGGCACAACCGCGCAGGCGCAGGCUUGGAGCGAGGCAGUUGCGCAGAGUGUCAGAAUCAACCCUGUGACAGGCUGCGUGAUCAUUCAGCGCGUCGUGGCGCGCGCCCAGGCCAUGUGCGCCAACGGCGUGGCCACCGCCACUGCCCAGAGCUUUGUGACGCGCCGGGUGCUGCCGGGUACCUGCAACAUCUUUGGCUGGACCACUAGCGGCUCCUUCCCCGCCCAGCAGCAGGGCGGGGCCCGCGCCUUUGCCAGGGCCAUCUGCAAGUUUACCUUUUAA